AUGUCGGGUAAUGACAUAGAUGUUUAUUUGGAGCCCUUGGUGGAUGAGUUGAAGCAACUCUGGGAUGGCGUUGAAACUUAUGAUGCUAAUAAGGGGACCACUUUCAAGAUGCGUGCGGCACUAAUAUGGACUAUUAGCGAUUUUCCAAGGUUGAAAAAUUUAUCUGGGUGGAACACGUAUAGUGGGUUAGCAUGUCCUACGUCCAAAAGAAGAUGCAUUGGUGAAGAUGCAGAUCAAGAUGACUCGUAUUGGAAAAAGAGGAGCGUGUUCUUUGAACUCCCGUACUGGAAGGAUCACAUGUUGCGUCAUAACCUUGACGUGAUGCAUAUAGAGCAAAACAUUUGUGACAAUGUGGUCUUCACUAUCUUAAAUGAUAGCGUUAAAUCAAAAGACAAUCUUAAAGCUAGCAAAGAUUUACAAAGCAUGGGCAUAAGGCCUGAAUUGUGGCCGGACGAAGGUGGUAAAUAUCCUUCAGCAAUCUUCACAAUGUCGAAUCCACAGAAGAAUGUAUUCCUGAAGACUCUACAGAACGUGGUCUUUCCAGAUGGUUACUCGAGCAAUAUUACUCGUUGUGUUGACAUCCGAAAGCGCAAGUUGUAUGGGUUGAAAAGUCACGACUGCCACAUUCUAAUGGAACAAUUACUUCCGAUUUUGGUGAAGAAUGCAUUGCCGAGUCCGGUGUCGACUGUGAUUGCGAAUCUGUCUUCAUUUUUUCGAGAACUCUGUGGAAAAGCUGUAAACCCUAUGCAGCUUGGUGGCCUUUCGAACCAUGUUAUGCAAAUUCUGUCGCGAGUUAAUGAUCAACCUGUUGAUGUUACAAACAAUAUAGGAAAAACUAUGUUCCCAGAAAUUGGAAAAGCUUCAAGAGCUGUUUCACAUUUUGGACUGACCCUGAUGGAAAGAGAUCAGGCACAUCGUCAUGUGCUAGUCAAUUGCGAGGCCGUCGUUCCAUUUAUUGAUACAUUUAGGACAGAAACGAAGCGAAAAUUAUGGCAUCAAACAAGGUCGCCAUCUAAGAUAGACCGUGUUGUGCAUGCAGAAUUUUCUCGCUGGUUCAAGCGUAAGGUUCCAAUGGACAGUACUCUACAUUCGAAAGAAAUGAAGUUGCUGGCAUGCGGUCCCAUGCAGGCAAGAUGUUUUAGGGCGUACAACAUCAAUGGAUACAAGUUUAGAACUAUCACAAAGGAAGACGGGCUGAAAACCCAAAAUAGUGGAGUUUAUGUCUCAUCCAAUACAAGUUAUGCAAGCAUGCGUGACAAUAGAGUGGCUGUUGGUAGUGUUCCAUAUUAUGGAAACAUUGUGGACAUAAUCGAACUGAACUACAGCUGCCAUUUCACAGUGGUUUUGUUCAAAUGUAUUUGGGUUGAUACAACUACGAGCAGAGGCAUCAAACAAUACCAUCUGGACCUUACCAGCGUUAAUUUCACUCGUCCAACUCACACCGGUGAUCGAGAAGAGGAUGAACCGUACAUAUUGGCAUCAAAAGCUCAUCUCGUGUACUAUGUACGUGGUGAAGUAGAUCAAGAAUGGAGUGUAGCGGUUCAUGUAAAACCACGAGACUUGUAUGACAUGGGAGGAGAGAAUGAAAAAGUUGAAGCUGCUGCUUUUUCUCCACAACCCGGGUUGAACAUGUCAGCAGCAGGUGACAUCAGUGAUUUACAGUUGACAAGGGAAGAUGAUAUAGAAGACCCAAUAGAAGAUGUUUCUGAUAACAUCGAUGAUGUGGCAUAG